AUGCGAGGCAAAUGUUUAUUGAAAGGGGCAGACGGGGCUUACAUGUUGAGAACCAAAGUACUCCUUCACACAAUAUUAGGCCCGAGGAGGAAAGAGAUCAGUCUAAAACUCCUGGCAGAGCUAAUCCCAGUGGAAUUGAGCAAAUACAGGAAAAUGGGGUUAAAACUCCAGUUGCAACCAAACUUGUUGAUAAACAGAGAGCUGUCUGAAAUGAGUAUUCUGAGAACGCAAAUAAAAACGGAAAAUCAAAACAAGGAUACCGACGUGAAAGAGAGAGAAUUGAAAAUAAAAGAAUUAGCACUUGUGGAACGCGAACGCAAAAAUAAACCGGAAGAGUCCCGUUUAAAGCAAUAUUUUGAAGAAAAGGAAUUCGAGUUGAAAAUAACAGAACCUGAAUUCAAACGGAAGUGCAUCGAAGAAACUGAAAGGAUUGCCGAACAGGAGUUAAGACUACGAGAAAAAGAAACUUCAUUACUUGAAAGAGUAAGUAGAAUUGAAAGGAAGAUAGAGUUGAAAGAAGAGGAUUUAAUCAGUAGAGAACGCUUUUUGAGUCAAAAAGAAAAGGGAAAAUGGAAGCCCACAAACAAAGACAUCACUUGA